CCUGAAUUUCGUGUUCGCUCUAAGAGCAGUGGCCGUCGAAUUUCUUGCACAUUCACAAAGAGUUUCACUCGUGUUACCCAUCGACGGCAAGAACUCAUCGGGAAAAUAAGUGAUCAGAUUAGUGACCGGAAUUGUUGGGGAGGCUGUCAUAAUUUCGAAGAGUUGGAAACAUGGAACUCAACGACUCCAACUUGACAACCCUGAGUCAGUAUUUGCAACAGACGUUGGAACCGCGCUUAGAGCAACGGAAAGCGGCGGAAAAAUUCCUCGAGAGCGUAGAGGCGAACAAAAACUAUCCGAUUCUGUUGCUGCAACUCAUCGACAGGGAGAAUGUCGAUAUGGUGAUCCGAGUUUCCGGCGCGAUCACUUUCAAGAACUACAUCAAACGCAACUGGUCUACCGGUGAGGACGAGGGAAUCUCGCAGAGCCGGGUGCAUCCCGAGGAUCGGGAUCAGAUUAAGCGACUCAUUGUCGGUCUCAUGCUGAAGUCACCGUCGCAUAUACAGCGUCAAUUAUCCGACGCUGUCAGUAUCAUCGGCAAAAGUGAUUUCCCCGAUCAGUGGCCGAGCUUGCUCGAUGAAAUGGUGCGGUACUUCGCCACAGCCGAUUUUCACAUCAUCAACGGAGUCCUACAGACGGCGCAAUCGCUCUUCAAACGGUAUCGUUUUGAAUUCAAGUCCGAGAAGCUUUGGCGGGAGAUCAAGUAUGUCCUCGACACGUUCGCCAAGCCCCUCACCGAUCUCUUCGUGGCCACCCUGGAGCUCACGACGGCCAACGCCAACAACAAGGACGCUCUCCGCGUGAUUUUCAGCUCGUUGGUCAUAAUUGCCGAAAUAUUCUUCAGCCUCAACUACCAGGACCUCCCGGAGUUUUUCGAGGAUAACAUGAAAAUCUGGUUCCCGCCUUUCCUGAGCCUCCUCACCGCCGACAAUCCCUUGCUACACGGCGACUCCGACGAGGAGCCGGGCGUUCUCGAACAGCUUAAGAGCCAAAUUUGUGAUAACGUAACGCUCUACGCUCAGAAAUACGAUGAAGAGUUCGCGCCUCUGCUGCCGGACUUCGUCAGCGCGGUCUGGCAACUUCUCACUGCCACAGGCAAGGAAAUGAAGUACGACGGUCUCGUCAGCAGUGCCAUUCAUUUUCUAUCGACUGUUGCCGAAAGGCCGCAGUACAAAGCCUUGUUCGAAGAGCCUCAGAUUUUCGGUUCGAUCUGUGAGAAAGUAGUAAUGCCGAACAUGGAGUUUCGGAAGGCCGACGAGGAACUCUUCGAAGAUAAUCCCGAAGAAUACGUCCGACGAGACAUUGAGGGCUCCGACGUGGACACUAGGCGUCGAUCCGCGUGCGAUCUGGUCCGGGCCUUAUCGAAGCACUUCGAAGAUAGGAUAACGGAGAGUUUCUCAACCUACAUCUCGGCCCUGCUCAAUCAAUACAAUGGCGACCACAAGCAAUUCUGGAAGAAUAAAGACAUCGCCAUCUACCUUGUCACUUCCAUGGCGGUCAAAGCGUCCACGGCGAAACACGGCACGACACAGACCUCACCUCUGGUGAAUAUUCCUGAAUUCUUCGCCAAUUUCAUUCUACCCGAGUUGAAGGAUCCGGAUCCCCUGAACCUACCGGUCAUAAAAGCCGAUUGCAUCAAAUUCGAAAUGAAGUUCCGAAACCAGCUUCCGAAAGAAGUGCAUUUAGAAGCUCUACCCCACCUCAUCCAUCACCUACGAAGCCCACAGUUCGUGCUGCAUACGUACGCGGCGGCGGCCAUCGAGAAAAUGUUCACGAUUAGAGUUCCUGCUGGAUCGGGAGACGUCGGUCUCAUUACGAAGCAGGACGUCCAGCCUCAUCUCGGAAAGCUCCUGGAGAACCUCUUUAGCGCAAUGGCGAACGAAGUAUCGCUCGAGAAUGAAUACGUCAUGAAAACCGUCAUGAGAACUUUCAGUCUGAGUCAAGAAGUGCUCAUUCCUUUCUUACCGGUUUUACUGCCCAGUCUGACGAACAAACUCAUGGCGGUCAGCAAGAACCCAUCGAAGCCUCACUUCAAUCAUUAUCUCUUCGAGUCGCUCUGUCUAUCUCUGAAAAUCGUGUGUGGCAAGGACCCAUCGGCGGUCUCGAACUUCGAAGGCAUGUUCUUCCCCGUCUUCCAGGAGCUCCUGACACAAGACGUUCAGGAGUUCAUACCUUACGUGUUCCAGUUACUCAGCAUGAUGCUCGAGUUCCACAAUUGUCCGGCUCCCCCACCGUACAUGGCCAUGUUCCCUUGUCUCCUGGUACCCACUCUGUGGGAGCGGCAGGGGAAUAUCCAGCCUUUAGUCCGGCUAAUCCAGGCUUUCAUAGAGCGGAGCUCAGAGCAGAUUGUGGCGGCGGAGAAGCUGCCCGCCGUUCUCGGCAUUUUCCAGAAAUUGAUCGCCUCGAAAAUGAAUGAUCAUCAGGGUUUCUAUCUGGUGCAGUCAUUGAUCGAACACGUAGCACCGAAUCACAUGCAGGCGUUCAUCAAACAAAUAUUCGUCCUCCUCUUCCAAAGACUCUCGUCGUCGAAAACUAUCAAACUCAUCAAAGGUCUCCUCGUUUUCUUCAACUUAUUCGCCAUUAAGUACGGCGCCACGACACUGCAAAGCACCGUAGAUGGAAUUCAGGCGAAUCUCUUCGGCAUGGUCCUCGAGAAACUAUACAUUGCCGAAGUUCAACGCGUUAGCGGCACGGUCGAGCGAAAGAUCUGCGCGGUGGGCAUGGUGAAAAUCCUGUGCGAAACGCCCGUAAUGACAACGACGUACUCUUCGUUCUGGCCAUUGAUUCUCGAAGCUCUCGUGAAGUUGCUCGAGGCCCCCGAGGACACAACGGUACCCGACGAUGAACAUUUCAUCGAAAUCGAGGACACUCCCGGCUAUCAAGCAGCCUACUCCCAGCUCAUCUUCGCUGGCAAGAAGCCUCAUGAUCCUUUACAAAAUGUUCAAGAUCCCAGAAUACUGCUCGUGGAUGGGCUGCGCAACCUCGCGAAUUCGCGCCCGGGGACUCUGCCCGGACUCAUCCAGGCAGGAUUGUCAGAGAACGCCCAACAAUAUGUACAGAACUAUCUUCAGGCUGCUGGAGUCGCGUUGAUCUAGAUAGGAUGUUUGAGUGGAUCCUUUCACUUCGGAAAUCGAUCAUAAAUGUCAGAUUCGAAAUUAUUCUGCAAGAAUGAAUCCCGCCUCUUCGAAGAUGCUAAGGAGUUUUUACACGUUUUGGUGGAGCUUGAGCUUUCUUGCGAGGUACAGCGAUAGAUUUUCGAAUCGAGGUGCGAAAUCAUUACUGUUCUCAGGGAAAUCCAUCGCUGGUGUUAGAACAGAUUCAAGGAACAAUCUGGAGCGCAAUUGUCAAGUUUCUGC